UCUUAAAAAUAAGUUCUUGAAUACAUGUGUGUUGCUCCUUUAAAGUAAAUAGAUUUUAAAUAACAGCUUCAAAAACUACAGUUUUUUUACAAAAAGUUGUUCUAAAUAUGACGACAAUUGUAAAUACAGAAUUUUGGUUGGAUUUCAUUGCAAUAUACAGAAACCAUCCCGAAUUAUGGAAUGUUGGAAUAGAAAGUUACAAAAACAGAAUGUUGAAAAAUAAAGCGUACGAAAUACUUGCAAAAAAACUUAAAGAAAUUGAUCCUGCAGCUACAACCGAUACAGUAAGAAAAAAAAUAAAUAGCUUACGAAGCUGUUAUCGCCGAGAAUUAUUAAAAAUGAAUCGUAGAAAUAGUCGUCCUGGAAUAACAGAAGAUUUAAUGUAUGUACCAAAAUUGUGGUAUUUUAAUGAGCUUCAAUUUUUAGAAAAUGAAUUUAGAAAUGAAACAGUCAAAUCAACAGCAUCCACAUCCGUAUCAGAGGAUGAAAUUUAUGAAAGUUAUUAUAAGAGUAAUUAUGAAGAAGAAAUAGACGAACCGCCCGAGAAAAAAAUAAGAGAAUCAUCAAUAAAAAGAAUCAAACGUGAGUUUUUCGAAAGCUCAGCUGCAGAGGAUUCAAAACAAUAUAAAUCCUUCGACGACAGGGAUGAAGCGGAUAUUUUUUCCCAGACUUGGGCAGUUAUGUAUAGAAAACUUUCCGCAGAUCAACAGAUGUAUGCCAAAAAAGCGAUUGACGAAGUGCUGUUUUUUGGUCAGUUAGGUAAACUGGCGUUAAAUUCUUUCCAAAUUGUAACUCAACUAGAAAAUAGUAACGAAAACGAAGAUUCGAAUUUGUCUUUCUCAGAGUAAUACUGUGGUAAAAUAAUUUUAUUUGGAAUAGUUUAAAUUACAAUUACUUAUUAAUAAAAAUAAAAAUUUCAUAGUUUCAUAUUUAAUUUUAAAUAAAUUUAAUGUUAAUUUUUCAAUUUGAA